AUGUCCAGCAGUCAACUAUUAGUCACCACAGCAGCCUGUGCUGCCCGCCGCUCAGUCAUCACGCAACUGGCCCCGGCUGCCGUGCGCACUUUUGCGAGUGUCGCCAAUGUCACCUCCACCACCAGAAAUCACAAGGUCGUCGUUGUCGGCGGUGGUUCAGCUGGUCUGACCAUCAGCCACCAGCUCCUGCGCAAGGGGAAAUUCUCCCAAGACGACAUUGCGAUUGUCGACCCGGCAGAAUGGCAUCACUACCAGCCCGGAUGGACCCUGGUGGGCGGCGGUCUCAAGAAUAAGGAGCAGCUCAGGAAACCACUCAAGAGUUUGAUCGAUCCCAAGCUGCGAUUCUACAACACAGAGUUGGCAUCCUUCUCGCCAGAGUCCAACACUGUCACUCUCGACAACGGUGACAAGCUCAACUAUGAGCACCUCGUCGUGGUGCCCGGAAUCAAGGUUGACUUCAACAGCAUCAAGGGGCUUCAGGAUGCCCUCUCCAACCCAGAUUCGGGCGUCUCCUCCAUCUACGGCUACGACACGUGCGACAAGGCGGAUCGCACCAUCAAGGCACUCAAGGGCGGCCAGGCCAUUUUCACCCAGCCGAUGGGUGUUGUCAAGUGCGCCGGCGCUCCUCAAAAGAUCAUGUGGCUUGCCCUUGAUCACUGGAAGAAAUCCGGUCUUUACGACCCAGCAAACCCCUCGUCAUCACCCAUCCACAUCACAUUCGCGACCGGCCUUCCCGUCAUGUUUGGCGUUCCCAAGUACUCUGCCGUGCUGGAAAAGCUGCGGAAAGAGAGAGGAGUAGAGGGAUUGUUUGCGCAUGAUCUGGUUGAAAUCAACGGCAACGAUGCCGUGUUUAGCCAUGGCGAGAACCAGAAGCUCACCCGCAAGUUUGAUCUGAUGCAUGUCACUCCCAAAAUGGGCGCUCACGCCUUUGUCAAAUCCAGUCCUCUUGCCAACGAGGCUGGAUUUGUCGAUGUCGACGAAGAGACGCUCCGGCACAAAAAGUGGAAGAAUGUGUGGAGUGCCGGAGAUGCUUCCAGUUUGCCCACAUCCAAGACGGCCGCAGCCAUCACGGCGCAAGCGCCGGUUCUGGUCAAGAAUGUGCUGAGGUCAAUGAAGGGCAAGGAGGCGGACGAGGAGUAUGACGGCUACACAUCGUGCCCGCUGUUGACAGAGUACGGCAAGGUGCUGCUGGCCGAGUUCAAGUACGGCGGCGUACCCAAGGAGACGUUUGGAAAGGCGCUGAGGAUUGACCAGGCGGUGCCGAGACGGGCAUUUUAUCACUUGAAAAAGGACUUUUUUCCUUGGGUAUACUACAAGUAUAUGGUUAAAGGCACCUGGGGUGGUCCCAAGGGCUGGCUCAGAGAUUAA